UAUUUUUUAAAUGUUUGCCAAUAUUAAUUCCUUAUCAUUCAUGAUAUAGCUUUAUUUUUUUGUUUUAUUUUUUAAGCUAUGGUUUUUAUGAAUAUUUGUUUACUUCACUUUAUUUACUUGAAACUGUUACUGUCGUGCCGUUACCAUGGAUACCAUAAACUCAGCACUGCGGAGCUGUAGUGUAGCUUUACAUGGUAACACGACCUGACUUAGCUAACUUAGUUAGCUUAAAACCACUAACUAGUACUGUUCAACUUCUUGUGGUGAACAAAUAAUACUUUAAUAGCAACAAUGUCUUGGAACUGGAACAGCCAUGGACUGCCAUUUUUACCAGGAUACACUUUUCGGGAUGUAACGAAGUCAGCCUUCCAUCGUCCCCAGACACUUGGCUAUAAGAAUGGCUUUGCUCUGCCCAGUCGCCCCACUGUGGGCAUUGGACAGGCUCCUCUUUUAUCAGAGCAGUUGAUCCAGCAGGAGAUCAGUGAGCUGUCGUUUGAGACACCAGACAUUAUUUACGGCUCCCUUGACCAGAGCAUGGAGAAAGAAUUCAUCCCAGCUCAUGUGGCUCUUGACAAGAAGGUGCUGCGUUUCUAUGGGUACUUUCUAGAAAAUAUCCAGUUUUCCCCUGAAGAGGAGUGCCGCGUGCGCCCUGUGGUCAUUUACUACUACCUGGAGGAUGACAGUAUGUGCAUCAUUGAGCCCAUGGUGGAGAAUUCUGGGAUACCACAGGGGAAACGGAUCAAACGCCAGCGUUUGCCCAAGAAUGAAUUUGGAGAGCAUUACCAGUGGAAAGAGCUCAAUGUUGGCAUGGACCUGGAGGUGUACGGGGUCAAGUACCAUAUCACACAGUGUGAUGCUUUCACAAAGGAGUUCAUGGAAAGUGAGGGCAUUGUUGUGAACGACCCUGAGCCGAUGCCUGUGGAUCCUUACAGCGAACGUCGCAUACAGCCUCAGCCUUCCUACACAACACCCUCCGAAUUUGACUGCAUGCACCAGUUUCUCACCAUGGAUCGUAAGGUGCUGCGUUUCUUUGCCCUGUGGGAUGACAGUGACUCUCUGUUCGGGGACACCAGGCCUGUUACCAUCCAGUAUUUCCUGGUGGACAACACGGUAGAGAUCAGAGAGGUCCACGAACCCAACAGCGGCCGGGAUCCCUUUCCUGUCCUGAUGCGCAGGCAGAAGCUGCCCAAGAAGAUCAAACCAGAGUCCGAGACAUUUCCCAGCUGCGUGCUGGAGGUUUCAAAACAGGAAGUAGAUGAGUACUACUCCCCCAAAGACUUCAAGGUGGGACAAACGAUGACGCUGCUGGGCCGUCGCUUCCUGCUGUAUGACUGUGAUGGUUUCACUAAAGAGUAUUAUCAAAAGAACCACCCUGAUGUGGAGAUCAAACCUUCAGAGGUUCCAAAAAAGACUGACCUGCUUCAGGAGACCAAGAAGGAGGUUCCCCCCUAUAAUGGUUUUGGCUCACUUGAAGACUCUCUGCAGAACUGUUUGUCUUUAAUUCCCGAGCCUCCCAAAAAGAAUGUGCUAAAGAUGCUGGAAAACGACCACAAAGUGUUGCGCUACAGUGCCAGGCUGGACUCCCAGAAUCCUGAAGAUGAGUGCCGACGUUUCAUACUGUCCUACUUCCUGUCCAAUGACAUGAUCAGUAUUUUUGAAAAGCCCACUCGCAACUCUGGUAUCAUCGGUGGCAAGUUCCUGGAAAAGACACGCAUCCCCAAACCGGGCUCUACGGUGGACAAGCCUGAGUUCUACUCACCUGCAGACUUUGCUAUUGGAGCCACUGUGGAGGUUUUCAGCCACUGCUUUGUGCUGACUGACGCUGACCACUACGUGCUGACGUACCUAGAGUCCAACGCAAGCCAGAUCCCUUGUCAGACACUGGAUUCUUUGCGCCAGAAGCUGGGUGUGAAGAUGGCAAAUAACCAGCCAGCUGACCAAAAUGGUGACGAUGUAGCAGAGCCAUCUUCGUGAUGUCAGGCAAGGCUGGAUUGCAUUGUACACUCUGCACUAAAUCAGACCACAAAUGAAAGCCUCUACAGAAUGUAUCUUGACACUAUAAAUAAAUACUGGACCAGCUGCAGAAAAGUUGAUUUAUUUGGCAGAAUCUGACAGCUUCUGGAAAUAAAAAAUACAGCUUUUUGGUGUUGGUGUGGUUGACCUCAAAAUAUCCUUCCUAUAUAGGGCAUAUACCAGGCAGUUGCCAAAGCCGAACGUCAAAUCUGAUCAAAAAUGCAAAGUUAAGUUAGAAUUGGGCAAUCAAGCGAGUACAUUUUAUCAAGAACACUAUGUUUCCUCAGCCACAUAGAGCAAACUGACGGUCAAACCAGGGAUGCUUUUAGCAUACUGGCAUUAGCAUUCAGCUAAAAGCAGAAGUGAAGGUGGCUCCACUGUGCUCAGUGCUACCCUUGAUUGAGUCCACCUCCACCACCCUGUUGAGAACUGCCUAAUCACCCUGCUUUUUACUGCAAGACUGUAGCCAUCGAAUUAACGAUAAAGGGGACCAAAUCUUUCAAAAAUGUCAAACUCAUUUCCUGUUUUAUUAUAUCAUUUAUCAUUAGCAAGUACAGCUACACAGUAUACUAUGCAAAUAUAUAAUAAAUGAAAGCUACGGUCUACAUAAAUGACACAUGACAACAUAAAUGAUUGACACUAUACUCAGACUUCAUGUGGGCUACCUGACAAAUAACAUAAAGACAGUGGGCCCAGGAGGCAUCCUGAUCAGCUGCCUCCUUUCACCUCAACUGGCCCCUUUCGACAUGAAGGAGCAGCAGCUCUACCCUGAGCUCCCUUUAAAUGCCUGAGCUCCUCACCGUAUCUCUAAGGCUGAGCUCCUUUCAGCCUCUUGUAUCCCAAAUCUCAUUCUUCCUGUCACCACCUGCAGCUCAAGGCCAUAGGUGAGGGUUAGGAUGUAGAUGGGCCAGUCAAUCAAAAGCUUUGCCUUCUGGCUCAGCUUCUUCUUCACCUUGACAGUCUGGCACAGCACCUGUAUCACUGAUGAAGCUGCACCAAACUGCCUCUCCAUCUCACGCUCCAUUUUACCCUCACUCGUAAGACUGAGAUACUUGAACUCCUUUACUUGGAGCAGUAACUCUUUCCUUACCCAGAGGGGGUAAUCCAUUGUUUUUCGGCAGAGAACCAUAGCCUCAGACUUGGUGGUACUUCACACUCAACUGCAAACUGCCCCAGUGCAUCCUGGAGGUCCCUAAAGCAGACACUUACCUCCCCCCUUGAGAUCCUGUCUAUGAAUAUCACAAACAGAAUCAGUGACAAGGGACAACCCUCCAAUAUAUAUUUUAAUUGCUGCUUUGGUUCACUAUAUAAAGAAAGAAAAUUGGAUAUGUAGGAAAAUC